AUGGAGAUUAACAAAGAAUAUCUUAGAGAAAAUAGGAGAGAGAUCGAGGAAUUAGAUGUUGUUCACAAAGAAAUCGAAGGUGUUUUGGAUUUGUCUGAUUUCAUUAAUUUAGAGAAAUUAGAUUGUUCUCACAAUGAAUUCACCAAUUUAAAUAUCAAAGAGUUAAUUAGGUUAAAUAUAGUUGAAAACGGUACUCUUCCUCCUAUUGAAGAAGAAAUAAAAAUAUUCGCACCUUUUUCGAAUUUGAAAGAAAUAGGGAUUAAUCAGGUGUCUUUUAUACUUCAAAAAUACGCAGAAGCCGAAGAAAAAAUUAAAAAUUUGGAAAGAAAUCAAAAAAUAGGACUAGUGAUUGGUGUUAUAGCAAUAUUGGUAGUAGGAAUUAGUUCUUAUUUUCUAGGCAAGUCUCAACAAAAAAAGAAGUAG